UUUAUCUGUUGUUCCCCUUUAGCUCUGACUCACACUGCAGAGGUUCCUCAGCAAAUGUCUUUGGCCAUGGCUGAAGUUGGCGCUGACUUGAACUUGACAUGUCGUGUCUCCACUGAAGAGCUCAUUUUGUUUUUCUGGUUUAAGGUGAAAUUUGGAUAUAUGAUCCAAACUGUUGCUAAAGGAGCUGGACUUGUUGGGCAGUUUAACAACCCGAGAUUCAAAAUCAUAAGAAACGGUGAUCUAUACACACUUAGCAUAGGAAAUGUAAGCAAAGAAGAUGAAGCAACAUACUACUGUCAAUCAGGAGAGCCCUACAUGAUUCCAUCAUUUCAUGGCACAAUUCUGGUGGUGAAUGAUCAUAAAAAUCUGGAGAAACAAGUCUAUGUGAAACAAAGUCCGGAGUCAGAGUCAGUGGACGUGGGACACUCGGUCACUCUGGAGUGUUCACUCCUCUCCACGGACAAAGAAAACGCAGUCCAGUGUCCAGGUGAACACAACGUGCACUGGUUCAAAAACGGAUCAGGAGGAUCAAACCCUGGUGUCCUCUACACAAGCAGCAGCAGGAGGAAUGAUCGAGAGGAGAAGACAUGCAUCUACAGUCUGUCCAAAACUAUCCAGAACUCUGCUGACACUGGGAAUUACUACUGUGCUGUGGUCACAUGUGGGCAGAUUCUGUUUGGUGAGGGAACCAAAGUGGACACAAAACAGUCACUAGUGGUCAUUGUGCCCUGGAUACUGAUGUCCUGCUGUGUCCUUGUGAUUGCUGCUCUAAUUCUCUGUAGAAAGAGAAAGCCUGUCUGUGCACACUGCAAAGCCCUUUACAAAAGUGAGGACCAGCCUCCCCCACUCUAUGAGGACCUCACUUUCUGGUUCUCACAGAGCCACAAAUACAGGAAGACACACUCGCACACUAGAGCUGCCACAGCCACCAUGUGA